AUGCUCGGAAGAAGAUGUUUUGCUUCCUCUGCGAAGCUUGCCAAGAUCAAAGUGAAGACCCCAGUUGUAGAGCUGGAUGGUGAUGAGAUGACCAGAAUUAUCUGGGACAAGAUAAAGAAGCAACUGAUCCUACCAUUCCUUGAUGUCGAUUUGAAGUACUACGACUUGUCUAUCCAGUCCCGUGACAAAACCAAGGACCAGAUCACACAUGACUCUGCUGAGGCUAUCAAGAAAUAUGGUGUCGGUGUCAAGUGUGCUACCAUCACCCCAGAUGAGGCCCGUGUUAAGGAGUUCAAUUUGACCAAGAUGUGGAAGUCUCCUAACGGUACAAUUAGAAACAUACUCGGUGGUACCGUCUUCAGAGAACCAAUUGUCAUCCCAAGAGUCCCCAGACUGGUUCCAGGUUGGGAAAAGCCAAUCAUCAUAGGUAGACACGCCCAUGGUGACCAGUACAAGGCUACUGAUGCCGUUAUACCUGGUCAAGGUAAGCUAGAACUUGUCUACAAGCCAAACGGCGACGCCUCCAAGGCCGAAGUUAUGGAAGUUUAUGACUAUAAGGGCCCAGGUGUUGCACUAGCAAUGUAUAAUACCGACGAAUCCAUCCGUGGUUUUGCCCAUUCGUCUUUCAAACUAGCACUACAAAAGAAAUUGAACUUGUUUUUGUCCACUAAAAACACUAUUCUAAAGAAAUACGAUGGUAGAUUCAAGGACAUCUUCCAAGAGGUCUACGAUUCAGAGUACAAACAGAAGUUUGCUGAAUUGAACAUCACAUAUGAGCACCGUCUAAUAGAUGACAUGGUUGCUCAGAUGAUCAAAUCUAAGGGUGGUUUUAUCAUGGCUUUGAAGAAUUACGAUGGUGAUGUGCAAUCCGACAUUGUUGCUCAAGGUUUUGGUUCUCUAGGUUUGAUGACUUCUAUUUUAAUCACUCCAGAUGGUAAGACCUUCGAAAGUGAAGCUGCUCACGGUACGGUCACAAGACACUACAGAAAGCACCAACAAGGUGAAGAAACUUCUACUAACUCCAUUGCCUCUAUUUUUGCUUGGACCAGAGGUCUAGCUAAGAGAGGUGAAUUGGAUGGUACUCCAGACGUUGUUAGAUUUGCCAACAUUUUAGAAUCUGCAACUUUGAACACUGUCCAACAAGAUGGCAUUAUGACCAAGGACCUUGCUUUAGCAUGUGGUAAGACUGAUAGAGCUUCUUAUGUCACUACCACUGAGUUUUUAGAUGCAGUAGAAAAGAGACUACAAACUGAAAUUAAAUCUAUUGACUAA